CAGUACUAACCAUAUUCAAACAGAGGAGCCAUGGCAAUCUUUUUUAUGAGGCUCUUCUUCUACUUCUUUGUUCUCCACUUUGGCCAUGGGGUUUUUGAGCUUGAAGCUUCCCAUCAUGUUUACCAUACGUUUCAAAAUCUUGAAGAAUCUGCAGUUUCUGCAACAAGUCAACCUUACAGAACCGGUUAUCACUUUCAACCUCCCAAGAACUGGAUGAAUGAUCCAAAUGGGCCAAUGAUUUACAAGGGAAUUUACCACCUGUUCUACCAAUACAAUCCUAAAGGAGCUGUGAAGGGCAAGGGCAGCAUCGUAUGGGCCCACUCAACUUCAAGAGAUCUUGUUAAUUGGACCCCACAAAAGGUUGCCAUCUAUCCAUCUCAACCAUCAGAUAUUGAUGGCACCUGGUCUGGUUCAGCCACAAUCCUCCAAGAUGGUACACCUGCUCUUCUUUACACGGGAAUUAACCCACUACACCAACAAGUUCAAAACUUGGCCUUGCCCAAAAACUCAUCUGAUCCAUACCUGUUAGAAUGGGUGAAAUCACCCAAAAAUGCUGUUAUGGCACCCGCCCCUGAGAACCAAAUUAAUGCUAGCUCAUUCAGAGACCCAACCACUGCCUGGCUUGGUGUUGAUGGAAGAUGGAGGGUGAUCAUUGGAAGCAAAAUUAACCGCAAGGGAUUAGCAUAUCUUUACAGAAGUAAAGAUUUUGUUCAUUGGAUUAAAGCCAAACGCCCAUUGCAUUCUGCCAAGAACACUGGAAUGUGGGAAUGUGUGGAUUUUUUUCCAGUGUCAGUUAAUAGCCCAGUUGGGUUUGAUACAUCAACAUUGGGACCAACUGUUAAGCAUGUGCUUAAGGCGAGUUUAGAUGAUACUAAACAUGAUUACUACACAAUAGGAGAAUAUGAUCAUGCGAAAGAUAUUUAUAUUCCGGAUGAAGGAUCACUGGAUGGUGAUUCUGGCUUAAGAUAUGAUUAUGGGAAAUUUUAUGCCUCAAAAACUUUCUUCGACAGUGCUAAGAACAGAAGGCUCUUGUGGGCUUGGCUAAAUGAAUCUUCUAGUGUUAGUGAUGAUAUCAAGAAGGGUUGGGCUGGAAUUCAGGCAAUUCCAAGAGCUGUCUGGCUUGACAAAUCAGGAAAGCAACUGGUGCAAUGGCCUAUCGAAGAAAUUGAAAUGCUUCGUACGAAUCCAGUCCACUUGCCUAGCCAAGACCUUAAGGGAGGAUCUGUGCUUGAAGUCCCUAGUGUCACAGCAGCACAGGCAAAUGUGGAGAUUACAUUUAAGUUAUCAAAUUUUAGAAAAGCGGAAGUGCUAGACCCAAGCUGGACUAACCCGCAAUUGCUUUGUAGCCAAAAGGGUACCUCAGUUAGAGGCAGUUUAGGUCCAUUUGGGUUGCUGGUUUUGGCUUCUAAAGGCAUGCAAGAGUAUACAUCUGUUUUCUUUAGAAUAUUCAAAGGCCAGAACAAACAUGUGGUGCUUAUGUGCAGUGACCAAAGCAGGUCUUCACUAAAUCCAGAUAAUGAUAAGACCACUUAUGGGACAUUUGUGGACGUGGACCCCGUUCAUAAGCAAUUGUCAUUAAGAAGCUUGAUUGAUCGUUCAGUAGUGGAAAGCUUUGGUGGACAAGGAAAGAGCUGCAUUUCAGCAAGAGUCUAUCCCACCUUGGCAAUAAAUAAGGCAGCCCACUUGUAUGCUUUCAAUAAUGGAAGUGAAAGUGUUACUAUCACAAGACUGAGUGCUUGGAGCAUGAAGAAGGCUCAUAUCAACUGAACAACUAAACUAAGAGUUGGGACAUGAGGAUGAGAACUACAGGAGCAUGGACUGAGAUACAUAUAUUUACAACUACACAUCUUGAUUGCUUGUUUUUCACUUUAAUUGUACUUUAUCCGAGAUGAAAUAAAAGAAGCCAGUAGAUUUGUUUUUGAGAUAAAGAAUAAGAAUUAAGAAUUAGAAGGAAUAUAAAAUGUCACUCACA